GCCGGUGCGUGCGGACUGGACAGAUUUCGAGUUUGCAUCACGGCAACUACUCCUCGUUUUGCUGAUGCUGUCAGCGCCUCUCGCUCUUGCAGUCAUCUUCGCAUUCCGAGGGGCAGCGAAGCCGCAUGCACGAUGAUCAUCACGAAAGUGAUCACACGGCGCAAGUGCAAACACCAGAAAGUUCUACAAAUGGAGCAGAGUCGAGUGCAACAUCGGCUCCAGCUCGAAAGCAAAAUCGCUCGUACGGCGGCAGGCCUCGCGGACGACCACCGAAACUGAGCACGAUGCCAGAAAGCGAUGAAGCCAAGACAAGGCGUUUGCAGCGUAAAUAUGCUCACCCAUUCGAGCCGAGACCCUUGAAGAAGGUCACGGACAUCAACUUGAAUUCUUCGUAUCAGCGACGUUACCGCGGUGGUAAGAAGCUGGAUACGGUACUGCAAGAUAUCGAAUUUUUGAAAAAGAAUCCCGAACGCCACGAGCACCUGCUGAAGAACGCGCACACAAGAGCUCAGCACUUCUUCAGCCAGACUAAUGGUCCGGUUGGAAAGCGGUGGGAGGUUCCUUAUCGAGCAGUUCGCAUGACGCCACAAGCCCUCAUGAACUUGGGAAAAGAGGGCCGUUACUAUCAUGUCAGAAAGCUCAGACAGGCCGCAGCAGAAGCAGACGAGCGUGCAAAGUAUCUCGCUGAGCACCCACUAGCCACAAAUGAGGUCAAGAAAAUGGCCAGAGAAAGGGCGGAGUCCAUGGCAAGCUUGGCGGGACACACCUACAAACCGCGGACAAACCCAUGGACCGCGGGCGACUCGAAGUCGGUUGCCUUGUUACCAAAGGCAACAGCAGAAGCCUUGGCUACCUGGCGCCAAAGUGUUCGCCGUCCUUCUAAUGGGUCGAAAGAUGCAGCAAGCUCCUCUGCGCCUGCCUCGCCAUCUGGACCGAGUGCUGAGUGAUACGCAAACUCAAUGUCAUCGCACAAUGAAUUUGGACUUCGAGGUCUUCUGCGAUGUGACUUGUUCCUAGGUGAAGCGUGUGUCUGAUGCUUAGCCUGCCAUCAUGAGCAUCACCUGGUGACGCUCUUGGUCUCUGGUCUUCCAGACAGCGUGAGACACGUUCCCAAUUCGUGAAUGCAUAGUGUCUCUGUCGCUUCACCUGACUUCCAUCAUCUCGACAUCGAGCGUGGAGCAGGAUGACAUGCUUCAAUUCAAUCAU